AUGCCUCGUCUCUUUGGGUCGGAUGGGGAACGCUACUCUGACCUUGGGGUAUCGGAUGAUGAGGCUGGGGAACCACACUGGGACAUGGGGUAUGAGGAGGCACGGAGGGCUGUGGAGGAAAAGGGGGAAAUCACGGACCUAUUGGAAGGGGAUUCGAUGAUGGACGGGGAAGAGUACCUGGUGGAGGACAAGGAGGAAGGGGAGCUGGCUUACGAGGGGAAGGGGCAUCGGAUCAGUCCGGACUACCUAUUCGCGCUAUUCAAUUACCCGGCAGCUGAGCGGUGGCAAUACUUGGCAGCCGAAAAAGGGGAUGAAGGAAGGAUAGUUCUCGGUAGUUAUUACAGCCUCAAAAAGGAGGCCACUCGAGUUGCCUGCCCUGCCUUUGAGGACCUGCCGGUGUCACUUAACCAUGAAUUGGGGAUGGCCCAACAGACGGACCUGAGGAAGCUGCUGGUAGAGUAUCGGGAGGUCUUUGCCACAGAAGCAGAACCGUUGGGCACCCACCCCACCGUCCUUCAUCACAUUGCCACUGGGGAUGGGGUGAAGCCGGAUGCGGGAAAGGUGGAGGCGAUUAGUAUGAUGGCGGCACCGGUGGAUGUGAGAGGGGUCCGGGAGUUCCUGGGGUGCACCAGUUACUACCGGCGGUUCAUAAAGGGGUAUGCGAAGGUGGCGCAUUCCCUCACGCAGCUGCUGCACAAGGACAACCCAUUUGAGUGGACGGACAAAUCUGGGGAAGAAAGCAGCAGCUCGGUUGAUGGGGAAGGGGACGGAGGGGAUAGUGGUGAGGAGGAAGGAGACGAGGUGGACGGCCGUGAACCAGAGGAAAUGAGUAGCAAUACGGAGAAGCGGGAUGGGGAAGAAGAAGGAGAAUGCGGGGAGGUUGAUCUGGCAUGGGAUACGGCUGAGAAGCGGAGGGUGCGGGCCCGGGGAAAGAAGUUCGAACUACGGGAUGGGGUGCUGUGGAACCUGAAGGCAAAGGGGGAUAAAAAGCCGGUCCCUAGGAAGGAAGAGAGGGGGGAGAUCAUUAGCCUCCUUCACGGGCUGGGGCACCUUGGGGUCCAACGCACCACCGACCUGGUUCGGAAGCAGUACGACUGGUAUGGCAUGGGGAGUGACGUAUCAGCCUUCGUACGAGGGUGCCCUACCUGCACCUUCCAGAGGGGAUCCUGGACAGCAAAAGAGGAACUGCGGCCGGUCCCGGUUCCAAAGGACGCUAAAGGGGGCAUUGGUGAGACCAACCCGUUUGAAUGGGAUGAGAACAUCUGCUGGGUCUUGUUGGGGUACCGGGCCUCCAUUCAUUCCUCCACCAAAUUCUCCCCCUUUUUCUUGCUCUAUGGCCGCCACCCCAACAUCACGGGUAGUACCUUGACGGAAUGGGAAGUAAAGGAGCUGACCGAGCUAUCCAACGAGGAGGAAGCCGAUGCAGCAGCUGGAAUUAUCUAUGAAAGGUCCUCAGAAAUGGAGCUGGCUCUGGCAAAGGCAGCUGAGAACCAUGGUAAGGCACAGGAGAAGGAGAAGGUCGACUUUGACCGACGUCGAACCCUCCUGGAGCCGAUCAGGAUAGGGGAUUUCAUUCGGAUCAAACCGACCAAGAGGGUGGCUUGGGCGGACCAGGACCGGAAAUAA